CAAAGCUUUUCUUUUUUUUUUUAAUGGAGCCCUGAAAGAAACAGAUGUGUGAACAGACACUUCCAGUACAUUUAGGCUGCUGUCUCUGUGGGCCAGUAGAACCAUAAUAAACCUAUUAAUAGGAACGUUUCCAUACUGAUGAACUGGUGAGGUCUUACUGGUCGAAAUCGCACCAUCCCUGUCCUGGCUUCCAGUUUGUUUCAGAAUUGGUUUUAGCUGAUUUUUGCCGAUCACCUGGUCUGGUUUUCACCUGUAUGUGAAAGAAGCUUGACUGCAUGAAUCUCAAAGGUGUUGGGGUUGUAGCCCUCGGGACCCCUCACAGACUCACCUUCUUACUGCCUGCUUUUAUAGACUUGCUUUAAAGAGGACCUGUACUCAUUCCCAGCUCCAUGUGCUUAUCCUUGCAGUUAGAGUAGCUUUAUGUGAUUUAAAGUUAAAAUUAAUCUUUUUCUAUUAUAUUAUGCACAGUUCACACAGAUUAAUCCUGAGCUCAUGCCAGCCCAGAUGCAAGGCUGGAUUAAGGACUAAACAUUUAUUUAUUUAUUUAUAGCGCCAUAAUUUUAUUUCUCGACGCAACUAAAGCAGCUUUGCAUGAUUCACAGUUCAAAAUAAUCCCCCCUGAAAUCAUACUGAGCCUUGCUGCGGGCCUUCAGUUUGUCCUCUGACUGAAACCAGCUGUUUAAACCCCGCCCCCUUUAAAAUCAGUUUUCUUGUGAUUGGCUGCCCGGUUUGAGCUUUGGGUGGGUGGAGCUUUCCAGAUUAGAGAGAUCGCCUCUUUAUGACAUCAUACAGAUCCAAGACCAGAAAAAACUGUGAAACCGAGCAGUCGGGGAUCAUGUUCCACAGGAGGUCUUUCACUGUUUUUGUGAUGUUGUUUGUCUUCCUUAUCUCCUAAUGUGCUACAAUGUCUCAGAUAUGACACGUAGAUAGAUGUGUGUAAGACGUCACGGCUCGGGUAUCGGACUCGGCUGUGGUGGGCGUGUCUGAUGCGUGUGUGAACGUUUCUGUGUUUUGGCUGCAGAUUAGGUCCCAUGAGGGGCGGAGCACAGCUUUUAGUUUAAAAGGUCAUCGAUAAAAUAAAGAGUCCAGGACUGGGGUGGUGUGAUAUAUCUGAAACCAGUAAGAGUGACUGAGUACCUAAAUAAAAAUAAUGAUAAUUAAACUUUAACAUUUCAUGAAUCCAGAUGUUGUUUGAAAGCACAAAGUCCGAGUUCAGACGCUGCAAAGCAUGUUGGGAUGCCAGCACCGCGGGCCUCAGCAGAGCCUGGUUUUGUGUUGGGAGCGCGUUCCCAGGAAAACUCGUUUAAUGUCACUUUCUCAGCACGAGAACAAGAAAACAAACUCUCUCCAAGCUUGUAGUAAAACAAAGAUGACUCCAUAAAACAAACUGAUCCUCUGCUUUGGAGAGAGCAGGCUCCAGUUAUUGAUCGAAUGUUGUAGUUUCAGGGCUUUUGGUGUCAGGCCUCCUGCAGGAGGUGCUGAGUCACUGUCGGUCACCUUCUUCCCUGCAGGAACUUAUUUUAGAGCAGUGGGUGGAUUUCAUCGCUGCACAUGAGACGCGUGCUUGGAUGGAAAGACUGUUUCAGGAAGCUGCUGCGAGUUUCCAGUUUUCAGCUCGACAUAGUUCUCGUGCCUUUCUUUGGCAGAGCUGUUUCUGUGAGGAGUAAUGCUGUCACGUUUAUCGUCCAUCUGUGAGGCGUAGCAGGCAGAGGUUUCAGUUCCUGAUAAACGAGCUCCAUCUCCGAGCCUGCUGAACGAGUCUAGUCCAGUCUUGUUUUGGAAAACCGCUUAAAUGAUUGAACCAAGCAGUGAUUUUUCUUUUUUUUUCUCCAGCUUCUGGAAUCUGAUUUUGAUAGACACCACAAGUGUCAGCGGCAAACAUCCAGCCUGCAAAGCAGAUGCAGGACUUGUUUUUACAGAUGUGGGAAAAAGCAGCCUCCUGCUCCGCUUCGCAGAUAACUCCUUCUCAGGCAGCUACAUCACCACCAUCGGCGUGGACUUUAAGAUCCGGACGGUGGAUAUCGACGGGGAGCGGGUGAAGCUGCAGAUCUGGGACACGGCGGGGCAGGAGAGGUUUCGAACCAUCACCUCAACGUACUACAGAAACACCCACGGCGUCAUCAUAGUUUACGACGUGACAAAUCCAGAGUCGUUCGUAAAUGUUAAGAGGUGGCUGAAUGAAAUCUCCCAGAACUGUGACAACGUCUGCAAGAUCCUGGUGGGGAACAAGAAUGACGACCCUUCCAAGAAGCAGGUGGAUACCCAGGAUGCUUUGCGUUUUGGGGAGUCGGUGGGUGUCCGUGUCUUCGAGACGAGUGCCAAAGAGAACAUAAAUGUUGAAGAGAUGUUCAUGGCGUUCACCCUCAUGGUGCUCCGGGCCAAGAAGGAGAGCCAGAACAGAGUGGAGAGGGAGCGGGAGCGGGAGAAGGACACGGUGAACAUCAACGCCCAGCGAGACCGAGACCGCAGGAAGAGGGGCAAGAAAUGCUGCUGAGACGCCGCUUCCGCCCACAGCAUUCAGCUGAGACUGAACUCGGCGCCUUCGAGGCCGUCUCUCACUGCAGAUAUGAAUGUGUGGAGCUACAGCACAGCAGGCUGUAGCUCUCGCUGUGCCUGAGGGUCUACAGUCUGCCAGCACUGAAUGCAAGUAGCAGCCAGGAGGUCACAUGACCUAAAGGAUCAUUCUGGUGUUUAUGCUUUUUUUUUUUUUUUUUUUUUAACCAGACUGCAGCGUGUCGUGUGUUGGACUGAAGCUAAAGAGCGACUAAUGUGCAGGUUGGUUUGUGGAUGCUAACCAGAAGAAACAUUUCUGUGACGUUUAUUCAAACGAGUGGAUUCCUGAGCUCGCCUUAAAUGACUCGUUUCAGUCUGAGCUGCACUGGUUUAUGAGGAGGUGUGUGAUCAUCAGCUUAAUCAGCACCUGUAAAACUCUCAUUCAAGUUACACCACAAAAAUGAAGCUUCUAUCCCGGCUUUUACAAUUUUCAAACACUUCAAUCGGCAGGAAACAAACCUGGUUUCAUCAUUAAAACUGAUUCUUUUUUACUCAUCUCUCCAAAGACAGAAGUCAGUUCAUGGUCACACGUAGCCAAAGAACUUUCCACCAACAUGGCCCCGAUGCUUGAGCUCUAGAACCGGGGACCUCUGUGGUGACCAUUCAAACACCGUCCACCUUUUUGGCAUGAAACGUGUUUGAUUGGGCACUGCGUCAGUCAAUAAUGCGUCCUGAUUGGUGGAAAACCCGGAGAUUUGGUCACAUGUCGAGUCUGUGCUCCCACCACAGCUGCACAGCGCUUUAGGGAGAAUCAGUUUCUAUGUUAAAGUGCUCCGAUUCUGCUCGUUCCCUCCAUGUUUUUGGAUUAAAGCGGCUUUGCAUGAUUACUCACUUAUCUCAUGCUAGGCUUGUUUCAGACAGGCUCCAUCCUGUCUGAAAAAAGCCGAUAGCUUCUCCCCUGUUAGGUCAGUUUUUCUCCGGUUGGCUCAUCAGCAGAGGUUUUGAAAGUGGGAAAAUAAUGACCUUGCGACCUUUCACAAUGACAGGUUCUAGUUGUGUAGGUUUCACUGAAGAUCAAACUGCAGGGAUUUGUUUCUAUUUUGUUCUGUUACCUUCUGUGACACGUGGAAGAUGAAAGCCAUAUCACGCUCCACGUCUUUAGUCGCCAGUUCUCAUGUUAGUGGAAAAAAGGGAGAAACACUGAGAAACUCUACAUCUGUAUUUGCAGUGAACUAAAACAAGCAAAAACAAACACCAGCAUGGUCCUUUAACUUUGGUCUUAAACCACUGUUUAAUUUUUUUUCUUAAUACAGAACAUGUAUUUAACCAGUGAAAGGGAGCUGUUUGUUCAAUUGUGACAUUAACGUGUGUGAUGAGUACAAACUGUCUGCAUGCCUUAUUUCAGUCUGAAUGAGGCCAGUAAUCCCAAAACAUGUUUUAAUGUAAAUCUGAUGCCAAGCAAAUGUGUCCAAAUACAAUAAAAGCAAUAAAUUCAGUGA